AGAGAUAGCCCCAGAUAUAGCGCGGAUAAGAAAAGCCGGUGGCAAAUUGCAAAUAUCGAAAAUCCGAAGCUGUUCAAAUUCCCAAUCAAUGGCGGGUUCAGCUUCAACUCUCCACCUCUUCAGGUCAUCAACUACGCACUGCAACCGUGCGUUUAAGAUUAUCAAACAAUCUUCCGCUUUUGAAAAGCGCUUUUCGUUCACCUGUUUCUCUUCCAAGAAGAAACAGCUCAGUUUCAUGGACCAAAUCCUGGAUUACAUCGAAGGGGGUCCAAAGUUAAGGAAAUGGUACGGGGCACCUGAUCUUUCGCCGAAAGAUGGAAAUGAAUCGAGAGAAGAUGAGGCGGAAGGAGAAGAGGAAGUUAGAGAUGCAGUGUUAGUAACCGAUGGAGAUAAUGAGAUUGGUCAGAUGAUCAUACUCUCUCUUAUUAUCAAAAGAGUUCGAGUAAAGGCACUCGUGAAGGAUAAGCGGGUAGCGAGUGAAGCAUUUGGCACAUAUGUUGAGUCUAUGGCUGGUGACACAAAGGACAAGAUAUUUUUGAAGAAGGCUUUAAGAGGUGUCAGUGCAAUUAUAUGCCCAAUCGAAGGAUUUUUGUGUAAUAUAGAGAGCUGGAAAGGAAUAGAGCACGUGAUUCUGUUAUCGCAGCUGUCUGUGUAUAGGGAAUCUAGUGGCAUUCAAGCCGUCAUGAAUAGUAACGCAAGGAAACUAGCAGAGCAAGACGAGAAUUUGGUAAAGGCAUCGGCAGUCCCCCAUACCAUCAUCAGAACAGGGGUUCUGAAAAAUACUCCCGGUGGCCAGCAAGGUUUCAACUUUGAAGAGGGAAGUGCAGCAAAGGGAAGUAUUAGUAAGGAAGAUGCUGCAUUUAUUUGCGUCGAGGCCCUUGAUAAUGUCCCUCAGAAAGGGCUGAUAUUUGAGGUUGUAAAUGGUGAGGAGAAAGUUUCUGAUUGGAAAAAGUGGUUCGCUACAUUGAUGGAUAGGUCAACUGAGUAGCUUGUAGCACAAAGGACAACAAUCUGAAAAUGGGUUCAUCUUGCCUCUACUGCGCAUUGUACAACCACCUGCAGCUGCUAUGGCCCCUGAAGAGUGAAGAAUGGAAAACUAGAUAAUUUACAUAUCAUUUAUUAAUAUUUAAGUUGAGGGCUUGUAAAUGGUCCUUGAUUGCAAAUAAAGAAUAAAUUGUGUAAAAAUGUAUUGAUUGAUGAAUCUGAUUCCCUGUUCCUUAUUUUGUCUUGUGCAUUCUUGUGAU